GUUACUUAGUUUAAUAGCAAGGCUUGCUGUUGGUUUCAUGCCACCAUUUUGAUUUGUUCAACUUGAUGUUUCUAAGGGGCUUCAGUUUCAGGCAGCAGGACAACUGAAGUUAGAUCACUUCAUAUUUUACUGUGACAAACCAGUCAAUAUUUUCUAGGAUGGCUACAAUAAAGACAACAGGAUAACACCAAAUUUCAGUGAAAAUAAUGAAAAAUUAGAAAUCUCAUAUAUUGCUGUAAGGAGUUAGAAAAUACAUUCACUUGGGAAAACUGGCAGCGACUUGCAAAAAUAAGCUUUGCUACUGAAGGGGAGGGUUUUAUCCUUCCAAAAUGUGUCUCUUUGGCCUAAGGAUUACUUUAAAGGUACAGACAAAGGAAAAGCUGUGGACCCAGUAGAGGUUUGCUUUUGAAAGAGCCAUUUGCUUUUAUAAAGGAAAGCUUCAUUUGUGAGGGUGCCUCCCUCUUCUGCAGGGGAAAGAGGAAGAAUGUGUAAAUCUCCAGAAACUCUGGUCAGUGGAGAAGGCAUGGAUUGAAAUCUGGACAACGACAAUAGCCAUGAUACUCUUUUUUGUCUGGUCAUCUCCCCAGAACCUUCCCAAUAGGAUCACUUGUGGAAUUUCAAAAAAUGAUCAGAUCCGGUGCCCUCCCCCUCAGAUUCUGUCAAUUGGGGUUUGUUGAAACAAUGAUGAUGUUUUAGUUAAGUGCUCCAGGUGAUUCUAAGUUGAAGCCAGGAAGAAGCACGAAGAUUUCCCAUUAAUUUAAGAGAGGUGAGUGCAGGCUUUGACUCUAGGAGAGGUACCAGGGUCUGCUCUAUGGGAGUUGCAGAGGAUCAGGUCCAUGUAACAAAGUGUGCCAAUGCUGUAGCAGCAUUUGUGGGGGUCUGUGGGAGGAGAAGUCCUGUGACAACAAGGAAGGAAAAUUCAGAGAUUAUUCUCCAAGUUGGAGCUCAAAGGUUUUGAAUAGCUCCUGAUACAAAGAACUAGGAGGUUGGGCCUUUUCUGCAUUACAAAGUCCUGCCUGCAGGCGAUCAGUUUACAGGUGGAGAGGCUGUGUUCCUGGCUUGGAAGACAUUUUCUCCUGAUACAGCUGUGAGAUCUCCAGCAAAAUCUUCGGAGAAGAAAUCUAGGGGACCAGAUGAAAGACGAAAUGGCCAGUUCACAGGGACUGCUGACCUUCAGGGAUGUGGCCAUAGAAUUCUCCCAGGACGAAUGGGGAUGCCUGAACCAGAGUCAGCGAGAACUGUACAGGGAUGUGAUGUUAGAGACCUGUGGACACCUCCUCUUCUUGGCUAUAUCUUCACAUGACACCCAGAACCUCCUGCCAAAACCAUGCAUAGAAACCUCUUCACAAAAUGUGUCACUGGGUACAGGGAAACAUCAUGCCUUUGAGAAUUUACACUUAAUGAUAAAUUGGGACAGUAGUAGAAAGAAUGAAGUGCACCAGAAGUUUCAUGAAGGACGUGGUCCAAUUGAGAGGACUGCCCAUAAUAAGAACCUCAUGGCCCCAAGUGGUGAAGGACAUAAAACAUCUUGGAAAACCACCCUUUUUACAUCCACUAUUUGUGCAAAGCAGUGUGCAUCUGUAAGCAGAAGUUCCAAUCAAACAUGCAAACAUACAUAUUUGUGCAACGAAAAUUUGGAACAUUUGGAAAGUUACCUCGUCCACGCUGAAAACAAUGCUUUGAACCAUUGUGAAAGUGGGAUUGGAUUGACCUUUCAGUCAAAUAGUUCUAAAACUCAGAGAUUCAAAAAUGAAGAUGAAAGGCCUAGGACGUCUCAGUUUGGGAGGUGCUUCACAGAGGAGGUGACCCUACAACAUUACCAGUACAUUUUCAAUCGAGAUACACUGGCUCAAUACAGUGAAUCUGAGACACAGUCUAACCAGGGAUCCCAUGUUACCAAAUGUCUGAGGACUCCUCUGCAAGAAAACCAUUUUGAACCUAAUAAAGAUGAGGAAGUCUUUUACCCAAACUCCAAAUGUACCAAUAGUAAGAGUACACAAAGGGGAGAAAUUACUUCUAAAUAUGAUGAAUGUGGGAAAGCUCUGAAGCAGUCCUCCAGUAUUGCUGAUCAUCAAAGGAUUCGUGUGGGGGAGAACCCAUACACAGGUAACGAAUCUGGAAACAUGUUUAGUCAAUCAUUAAGUCUAAAUACCUGUAAGACAAGUGGUACUGGAGAGAAAAGGUACAUUUGCAAGGAAUGUGGCAAAACCUUUGACAGGCACUCAACACUAUCUCAACAUCAGCAAAUGCAUGCUGCAAAGAAAAUUGACAAAUGUGAACAAGGUGGUCAAACCAUUAAGGGUGGGUCAUCACUUCACGCACACAGUCAAAUCCAUACUGCACAGAAACCUUACAAAUGUCAAGAAUGUGGCAAGGCCUUUAACCAGCAAUCAUCCCUUACUCAGCAUCACAGAAUCCACACUGGAGAGAAACCUCACAAAUGUCAAGAAUGUGGCAAGGUCUUUAGCCAGCAAUCAUCCCUUAGUCAACAUCACAAAACGCAUACUGGAGAGAAACCUCACAAAUGUCAAGAAUGUGGUAAGUCCUUUAAAUGGCACUCAUACCUUAAUCAACAUCACAGAAUUCAUACUGGAGAGAAACCUUACCAAUGUCAAGAAUGUGGCAAGGCCUUUAGCCAGCAAUCAUCCCUUACUCAGCAUCACAGAAUGCAUACUGGAGAGAAACCUUACAAAUGUCAAGAAUGUGGCAAGGCCUUUAGCCGGCAGUCAUCCCUGAGUAAGCAUCAUAGAGUGCAUACUGGAGAGAAACCUUACCAAUGUCAAGAAUGUGGCAAGGUCUUUAGCCAGCAAUCGUGCCUUAGACAGCAUCACAGAAUGCAUACUGGAGAGAAACCUCACAAAUGUCAAGAGUGUGGCAAGGCCUUUAGCCAGCAAUCAUCCCUUAUUCAACAUCAUAGAAUGCAUACUGGACAGAAACCUUACCAAUGUCAAGAAUGUGGAAAAGCCUUUACCCGUUCCUCACUACUCACUCAACAUCACAGAAUUCAUACCGGAGAGAAACCUCACAAAUGUCAAGACUGUGGCAAGGCCUUUAGUGAAUACUCAACCCUGACUCGGCAUCACAGAAUCCAUACUGGGGAGAAACCUUACCAAUGUCAAGAAUGUGGCAAGUCCUUUAUCCAAAACUCACACCUUAGUAAACAUCACAGAACUCAUACUGGAGAAAAACCUUACAAAUGUCAAAUGUGGCUAGGCCUUUAAGGUGUAUUCACAGUUUACUUGACAUGAGAGAAUUCAUGCCAGAGAGAAACCAUACAAAUGUCAAGAAUGUGGCAAGACCUUGAGUGAAUACUCAAUCCUUACUCGACAUCACAGAAUUCAUACCAGACAGAAAUCUUACCAAUGUAACAAAUGCAGCAAAACCUUGUUUCCGGUUCUAGCCUUAUUCUGCAUCACAGAAUCCAUACUGGAGGGAAACCUUACCAAUGUCAAGAAUGUGGCAAGGCCUUUAGGUUGCAGUCACCCUUAUUGACCAUCACAGAAUUCAUACUGGAGAGAAAGCUUACCAUAUAAGGCAUGUGGCAAGGCCUUUACCAAACACUCAAAACUUACUCGACAUGACAAAAUUCAUACUUGAGAGAUCCUUACCAAUGCAACGAAUGUGCAAAAGGUUUUAAUCACCAAUCACCCUUUAUUCAAUAUCACACAAAUCAUCUUGGAGCAAACGUUUAAGACAGAGUUUAAGACUGUGAGAGAACUUCUUUUUAUUUAAAAAAAUUUUUUUUCUUAGAAUGAGUAGGAGGGAGCAGAGAGAGAGAA